UGACCACAUUUGUUGUGUCCGCAGCGCUCGGCCGCUGCUCUGCAAUGUCAUCAUCUUUAUUUUCAUCAAUAUUAUCGCACUUAUGACUCACAUUUAUUGACUGAACUCUUUCGAGUCCGAGCCGAGCGGGAGCCCGAAUAUUUAUUCAAUGCUUUCCGACAGAAAGAGACGAUAGUAGUGUCCUGCGCAGGAGAGACAGACGGAGUGUAAGGUUGUGAAGUUUUGAACGUUGAUUAUGGCCGUUUGGCAACAGUUUGGAUUGCUGCUCUGGAAAAACUAUAUUCAGCAAAAGCGUCAGAUCUUGGUAACUCUGGUGGAGAUCGCUCUGCCUCUGCUCUUCUCAGCCACCCUGAUCGUUCUGCGACAGAACGUGCCAUUCACAAUCUACCCGAAUGUAACGCGCUACCACAGUUUCUCUGUGAACGAGCUGCCGUUCACUCUCUGCUUCUCGGCCCGGGACUUGCAGCUGGCCUACGUGCCCGGCAAUGCUAGUGUGGUGCGGAAUAUCGCUGAGGAUGUUCAGCGGAGCCUGGGGUCAUGCCUCACUUCCGUCCGUGGCUUUGAAACGGAAGAACAGUUUGAAGAGUUUGUGAAAACAGACCCUGCAUCAGGAAAGAUCUUGGCAGCUGUUGUCUUCGAACACUCUUUCACACAUGAAGAUGAUCCACUUCCUCUACAGGUUGGCUAUCAUCUGCGCUUCACGUUCAGCCCCCGAAACGCUCCAGAUCGCGAGAAAUCAGAGCUCAACCCAAACAAUGAUCUGGACUGGCACACCCUCAGCCUGUUCCCCCUCUUCCAACUUCCCGGACCGCGAGAACAACAUGAGCCACGUGGCGGCACACCAGGAUAUUUCCGCGAGGGUUUCCUGCAGGUGCAGCACGCGGUGGACAGAGGCAUCAUGAAGGCGUACAACAGCACGGCAGCGUCAGCCCUCUUCGAACAUACCCGAGUGCAUCUGUCCCGUUUCCCAUACCCAGCGUUCAUCUACGACGUCUUCAUCCUGGCUAUCCAAAACCAGCUUCCCCUGCUGCUCGUGCUCAGCUUCACCUACACGUCUCUGAACAUCAUUCGUGCUGUGGUACAGGAAAAGGAGAGAAAACUCAAGGAGUACAUGCGGAUGAUGGGUCUCAGUAACUGGCUACACUGGAGCGCCUGGUUCCUCAUGUUUUUCCUCUUCCUCUCCAUCUCCAUCUUCUUCAUCACUCUCCUCAUCUGUGUCAAGGUGAGUCCCAACGGAGCGGUUUUGACGUACAGUGACCCAACGCUGGUGUUUGUCUUCCUGCUGGUGUUUGCCGUGUCCACCAUCAACUUCAGCUUCAUGAUCAGUGUGCUCUUUUCCAGAGCGAAUGUGGCCGCAGCGGCGGGCGGGUUCAUCUACUUUAUGAGUUACCUGCCGUAUCUUUUCCUGUGGCCUCGCUAUGACCUGCUGUCACACGCACAGAAAGUAUCCGCCUGCCUCAUAUCCAAUGUGGCCAUGGCAAUGGGAGCACAGCUUAUCGGCAUGUUUGAGGGCAAAGGUACUGGGAUCCAGUGGCAUAAUCUGUUUGACUCGGUGACUGUGGACGAUGACUUCUCCCUAGCUCAGGUGCUCGGUCUCCUGCUGUUGGAUGCCUUGCUGUAUGGUCUUGUCGCCUGGUAUGUGGAGGCUGUGUUUCCUGGAGAGUAUGGAGUCCCUCUUCCAUGGUACUUCUUCAUUCUGCCUUCAUAUUGGUGCAGCAGUCCUCGUGUGGCCCUGCUGAAAGAAAAGGAGGAAGAGGAGGAUGCUGAGAAGGCGUUAAAGGGCGAGUUCAUUGAAGAGGAGCCAGCUGGACUGGUUUCAGGGGUGAAGAUCAAACACUUGGGAAAGGUGUUCAAAGUGGGCAAUAAAUCCAAGGAGGCGGUGAAGAAUUUAACACUCAACAUGUUUGAAAGCCAGAUCACCGUCUUACUGGGUCACAACGGUGCAGGCAAGACCACCACACUGUCUAUGCUAACAGGCCUUUUCCCGCCCAGCAGUGGUCGUGCAUACAUUAAUGGUUAUGACAUUUGUCAGGAUAUGGCUCUGAUCCGACGCAGUCUUGGACUGUGUCCACAGCACGAUGUGCUGUUUGAUAAUCUCACUGUUCGAGAGCACUUGCUGUUCUAUACACAGCUGAAGGGUUACCCUCUUGAAAAGAUCUCGGGCGAGGUGGACCGCAUCAUUGGGAUACUUAGCCUGGAAGAUAAGCGGAACGCUCGAUCCAAGACCCUCUCUGGCGGGAUGAAGAGAAAGCUUUCUAUCGGCAUCGCCCUCAUUGGUGACUCUAAGGUCGUGAUGUUGGACGAGCCCACUUCAGGUAUGGACCCAUCAGCUCGUCGGGCCACCUGGGACCUGCUGCAGGGCGAGAAACACGGCCGUACCAUCCUGUUAACCACACACUUCAUGGACGAAGCCGACCUGCUAGGCGACCGUAUCGCUAUCAUGGCCAGCGGAGAACUGCAGUGCUGUGGCUCUCCACUCUUCCUCAAAAACAAAUACGGUGCUGGUUAUCACAUGGUGAUCGUAAAAGACUCUUUUUGUAACGUGUCAGAGAUCACUCGACUAGUCCACAUGUAUGUGCCCAACGCCACUUUAGAAAGCAGUGCAGGCGCUGAACUCUCCUACAUACUGCCAAAAGAAAGCACCGACCGGUUUGAGCUGUUGUUUGCUGAGCUGGAGAUGAAUCGAGAGGAGUUGGGCAUCGCCAGCUAUGGAGCAUCUGUCACCACGAUGGAGGAAGUUUUCCUCAGGGUCGGAAAGCUUGUGGACUCCAGUCUAGAUAUUCAGGCCAUCCAGCUUCCAGCUCUACAGUACCAGCAUGAGCGCAGGUCACAUGACUGGACGAUGGACGACUCCAGCAGUGUCAGCGGUUUGACAGACAUCACGGAUUUCACUGACAGCGGCACUCUGAUUUCAGAAGAUGGCUCCAACAUCAAACUCAACACGGGGACCAGACUCUACAUGCAGCAGUUCUAUGCCAUGUUCCUCAAGAGGGCGCUCUACAGUUGGCGCAAUUGGAAAGUGAUGGUGGCUCAGUUUCUCGUGCCACUCAUUUUUACCGUUGUGGCCCUUGUGGUGGCCCGCUUUGUUCCUGGAAGCCACAAUUCACCCCAACUCCGCCUGGCACUAAAACAUUACGGCUCUACACGUGUACCCGUCGCCGUCACCGCCAAUGCCGGGCCAUUAGCUACAGCUCUGGCUGAACUCUACACUUCACAACUGCCUGCCCAGAAUGCCAUAGCUGCCACUAAUAUAACAGAUUUCUCGGAGUAUGUACUGUACAAUGCUAAGAGGGAGGGCGGAGCGUUUAACGAGCACUGCGUUGUGGGUGCGGCUUUCAAAAUCAAAGCAGCGACACAGACGGAGGUCAUUGGCUACUUCAACAACCAGGGGUAUCACACCCCAGCUACGGCCCUCAUGCUGGUCGACAAUGCUCUUUACAAGUUACUGGGCGGCCCAAACGCCUCCAUCCAGACUGGAAAUGACCCGAUGCCCCGCAACAUGUCCGAGACGGCCCAGAGCCAGCUUUCCGAGGGUCAGACUGGCUUUGCCAUCGCAAUAAACCUCAUGUACGGCAUGGCAUCGUUGGCCAGCACCUUUGCUCUGCUCCUGGUCUCGGAGCGCUCGGUGAAGUCCAAACACGUGCAGCGGGUCAGCGGGGUCUACCUCUCUAACUUCUGGUUCUCUGCUCUGCUGUGGGACCUUGUCAACUUCCUGUUGCCCUGCCUGCUCAUGCUGGUGGUGUUCCGGGUGUUUUCCGUGAAAGCGUUUGUAGCAGAAAACCACUUGGUGGACGUGUUGUUAUUGCUGCUACUGUAUGGCUGGGCUGUGAUUCCACUCAUGUACCUGCUCAGCUUCCUGUUCAGCACGGCUGCCACCGCUUACACGCGCCUCACCAUCUUCAACAUCAUCAGCGGGACCGCUACCUUCCUCGCCGUCACCAUCAUGACCAUACCGGAGCUGAAUCUGCAAAAUCUCUCCUACAUUCUGGACAAAGUCUUCCUGCUCUUCCCGAAUUAUUGUCUGGGCAUGUCCUUCAGCCAGUUCUACCAGAACUAUGAGGUCAUCACCUUCUGCACCUCCAGCCCCUUAGCGGAGAUCAUAUGCAAGUUAUACAACAUCACGUAUCAAUUGAACUACUUUUCUUUGGACGAGCCUGGAGUGGGGCGCUUCCUGGUGGCCAUGUUCCUGCAGGGUGUGGUCUUCAUCGCCCUGGUCUUCCUCAUUGAGCUCCGGUUCAUCCACGUCCUCCUAAACCUCUGCAGGAGGCGCAGGAAGACUCUGCUGUUGGCAGAAGAAGCUCUGCAGCCUGAGGACAGAGAUGUUGCAGAGGAGAGGAAAAGAGUUUUGGAUUGUCAGCCAGUGAUUGAGUCAAUGGUGGGCAGCCCACUCAUCCUACAUGAGCUCAGCAAGGCGUACUCAGGAGGGCAGUCGCUGUUAGCAGUGGAUCAGUUGUCCCUGGCCAGUCGGGAAGGGGAGUGCUUUGGUUUGCUUGGAUUUAAUGGGGCAGGAAAGACCACGACAUUCAAAAUGCUGACUGGAGAUGAAAGCAUUACUUCAGGGGAUGCCUUCAUUGACGGCUACAGCAUCCUCCGAGACGUGAAAAAGGUGCAGCAGAGAAUCGGCUACUGUCCUCAGUUUGAUGCGGUGUUGGAUCACAUGACGGGGCGAGAAACGCUGAGCAUGUACGCCAGACUGAGGGGAAUCCCCGAAAAAUACGUCUCAGCCUGUGUAGAAAAUGUCCUGCGCUCGCUGUUGCUUGAACCUUACGCUGACAAACUUGUCCGCAGCUACAGUGGCGGCAAUAAGAGGAAGUUGAGUGCAGGCAUGGCUCUGAUCGGCGGGCCGCCUGUGAUUUUCCUGGAUGAGCCGUCCACUGGCAUGGACCCUGUGGCCAGACGCCUGCUGUGGGACGCAAUUACACGGACCAGAGAGUCUGGCAAAGCCAUCAUUAUAACCUCACACAGUAUGGAGGAGUGUGAGGCAUUGUGUACGCGACUGGCUGUGAUGGUGAAUGGUCAGUUCAAAUGUCUGGGCAGCCCACAGCAUCUGAAGAGCAAAUUUGGGAGUGGCUACACGCUGCUGGCCAAAGUCCACAUUGAGACAGAUUUAGAGGAAAUGGACCUACAGCUCUUUAAAGACUUCAUUGAAAGCACCUUUCCAGGAAGUUUACUAAAGGAUGAACAUCAGGGAAUGGUGCACUACCACCUGACUGACAAAACCCUUACUUGGGCACAGGUGUUUGGGGUUUUGGAAACAGCCAAAGAGAAGUACCGCAUUGAGGACUACUGCGUGAGUCAGAUCUCUCUGGAGCAGGUGUUCCUCAGCUUCGCUCAGUUUCAGCACUGUUCUGAGAGUCAAAGGAAAUGACAUACUACAGUGCAGAAGGGGGCGCUCAGGCCCAUCUGUUGAAUGGGAGGUACAGCCUGGGCAAACUGACCCUCUGGAGUCACACCACAAGACAUUGCUCAGGUGUCUAUCUUCAAAUGCACAUCUGUAUCAUGAUCAUACACACAUAAAAACACUCCCAGACUCAACUGCUGUGUCAAUGGAGGCAGGACCACUAACACUAACGUACAAUCUUGGCCAGUCGGUUAACUGCAUACGGUGUUUAUUAAAGUCUGUGUACGUGCGUUUGAAUGGGAACCGAAACCGUCCUCAAAGGUGCAUCUUGCGUCACUGUGUCCUGACUUUGUAUUUUAAUUGGUGGGUACGUGCACCACUAGGCCUGCAAUGAAAAGAUGUUUUUUCGUUAUUUGUGAGUCGUUUGUGUGCACUUUUGUAUGAUCGUUGUAUUAUUUAUGAAUGUCUAUUUUUAUUGGUUUUCUCCACUUGUUUUCAACUGUGGUCUUAACGCUGAAGGUACAGCACGUGUUAUUCGCCCCUUACUGAUAAAGGACGGCAAAAAGGUGGAAAUGUUUCUAACACGGGACGUCCGGAACAAGAAUACGAAAUAAGUCUACAAACAUGUUACAGUUUUAUAGGAUGUGAAAUACAUGAAAAAGUUACUGAAUAUAAAAUAUUAUUCAUUUUAUAGAAUAUCAUUAACUGAUACAUUUGUUGCACCUUGUCUAGUCACGCCAAUCACAGUCGAGUAUCCAUUUUUCAUACUGAUAAUCAUUGUGGAAAAUAAAUUCCUCUUCAAAUUUGGAUUGCAACAUAAAAUUGAUAUGACAUGACACUAGUUUAUUUUAAUGCUCUUUCGCUCAACAUUUCCAAUUGAGAUUGUUUUUGGUUAUUGUUGUGUAAUGGUUGGAUGGAUGGAUUAUCCUCAACUUCGGGAUUCUUGUAAAAGGAUUGGAUGGACAAACUGAAUUCUACCCAGUGUGACAUUGGCUUUUCGUAGAUGAACACUAGAGGGCAUACCGUGCCUUUAUUUUAUGUCCACGUCCAACUCAAUGUCUUUUCAGAUGCACUAAAUGUCCAAUUUGAUGGAGAAAAAUCUACAUUAUGUACUGAUAAGCUUUUUUUUUAUUAGUUGACGCAACACACUAUUCCGACUUUAUCCUGCUGUGUUUGUGUUUGAAUCUGAUGUUCAUUUGCACUAUAAAUAUGGACCAAUUCACACUUUAUGAAGGAUCCAUCAUUAAGAGCAUGCAGUCCGUUUGGCGUGAAGUAUCGUAAAGCAAGAGGGUUACAUUUAAGAUGAGUUUCAAACAAGGGCCUCAUGAUUAACGUCUACUCGCGUUCAAUUCAAGGCCCAAUUGACAUAAGAAUGGUCUUACAAAUGAUUCGCAGACAUUUGUUCUUGUGUCUGGUGAAUGAGGUCAAAGACGAUACCCAAGGCUAAUCUUCUGCUUUGAGGCCUUGCCUUCAGAGAAAGCCGUUUGUAAAGUUGCGCCACCCCUACGGUUCAUCGUGUGAAGUGACUUCACCAUUCCUUUGUUAAGAAAGAAGAGGCGCCAAGCUAAUUUCUCAAAUAUAUUGCACAUUGUUAUGCUAGGUUUCCUCUUUAGUCAAUAUUGAGGCAGAUUGUAAGACGUCAAGAGUCUUCGACAUCAUAUCCGUGUGGCACCCUUCUAAAAAUAUGCCUGAUGGGAAGAGGGGUGGAUGUUUCGCAGGCAGUACUGACAUCGCUUUAACUUGCUUGAUCUAGUUUUCCGUCCAGAUUCGUGUUAAUUGAAUGUACUUUCAUAGCCGAGGGGAAAAACAUGGGCUUAUUUGUCACCUUAAACUUGUACAAACUGACACACUGUUGAUAAAAUAGGGCUUAAAGGUGACUUGACCACAGAUUGUCUCUUUCUAUGGUUUUGUCGUUAAUUCGUCUGUUUUUCACGCGUUUGCACAGUGCAAUGGCUGUCGUGUCUGAACUGCUUGUUAUGAAAAUGAAAUAUUGCAUUUUGAGGGCCGAGAAGGCAAAGUUGAAAAUGUUCACGAUGACAAUGUUGAUUUAAAUGGAAAAUGUACCAUAAUGCAAAAAGGAAUUGUAAUCUUGUGUACUGUAUCACUAAAUUAACCAUGUGUACAAUGUAAGUAUUGUCAUGUCAUUUCCUUUUUUUAUUUUUAUUAAAUCUGCCUUAUGCA